AUGGUAGCAAAAACAGUGAGAGCUGCAUUUCCUUCAAACCUCGAACGGACCGUCGCCUCCGCGCUUCUCCUCCUAUCCGCUUCACCUUCCAAAGGAAGGAGCAAGGACAGCUGCAGUCCUGAGUGCUGUGAGAGCUUGGAGUUUUCCAAUUCGAAAUCUAGCGGCGGCAAGGACAGCUGUAGUCCUGAGUGCUCUGAGAGUUUGGAAUUUUCCAAUUCGAAAUCCAGCGGCGGAUCGUCGAACGCGGAGGUGAGUGUUGACGUAGAGGCGUCGCUUGCUCAGCAACUGACAGUGGUCGCAUUUGUGCCUGAGCUCCAUGAGCUGAAGCUCAAGAUGGUGCGAAAGAAACGCUCAAAAAGCAUCUGGAUCUCUACUGGCAAGAAACAGAAAACCAGCAAGCCAGAACCCACUCCUGCUCCUGCAUCAUCUGAGAGUGUUUCUGAAAUAACCACUGCUGAGGCUUCGUCUUGCUUGUCCAGUAGCUCCAGCGCACAAAGUUCUAUUAGUGAAACUAAUGCUGCAAAUGAGCUGAGGAAGCCAGUUAUUCCCGGUCACAUGGGGCACAGAGCUGCGGCCAUUCUGAGGAUUCUGUCAAACGGAAGUGCCUCUGAGGUGAGGAUCCGUGAGUUGCUUGGUGAUAGCCCUUCAACCAGCAAGGCCUUGAGAAUGUUGCUGAAGCUGCAGGAGGUGAAGAGAUAUGGAGCUGGAGGUCGUGCCGAUCCAUAUAUUUACAUGAUAGCAUCAUAAGUUACUCAAAAGGACUAAACACAGGAAAAUUUUGGGUCUGACAACUUUUGCCAAAAUACUACCUCAUAACAAACGAAUUAUUCCAUUUAUUACUUAGUUAUAC